AUGGAUGAAGUAUUAAACAAAUUUGAUACAGUUCUUAAUUGCGAAGAAUUACGAGGUGAUCAAAAACAAAACAAUUAUGAAAGUUUGUAUAAAAAUUGGGGUAAAUUCGGUAAUCAAGAAGUAAGGCGGAAAGAGAUAUUGUCAAUUCAAAAAGGGAAUAGAAAUCAUGAACUUGACAGUUUAAGAGGUCUUCUGGAACUUGUAGGUGGUGUUAAAGAAGAUCACAUUUUUAAAAGCCAAAGAGUUGCAUAUAGGCCAAAUAUAUAUGUAGCUGGGUUUCAUAAAACAUCCCCUGUUUACAAUAAUGUGCUCAUGUUGUCAGAAUGGUUAAUAGAAAAGCCAGAGGAUUUUAAUGAGAACUGGUAUGUAGUACCAUGUCCCACAGGGGUCAGAGUACUUGUUGUUGCUGAUAAUGGAAUAACAAAAUUUUUUACAAAGAAUGGCCGUUUUUUAAUGGAAUGUCGCACUGCAUUGCCUGGAGGCAAUCCGACAGACAUAAAUCAACGCAGGGGAAGUUUCUGCGUACUAGACGGAUUUUAUGUAGAAAAAAAUAACACUAUGUAUGUUUUGGAUCUUCUUGCAUGGAACAGUCAACCUAUGACAGAUGGGGAGACAGAAUUUAGGCAAUACUGGUUAAAAACACAGCUUCAGGAACUUGGGGAUUUAUAUAAAGUCAGUAAGAAAAACAAAGUUAUAUUUCAAUUGCUGCCUAUGGUGUCAUGUUCUAUGGAAUCUUUUAAUAAUUUUAUGAUGAAGUAUCCACAAUUUGAAUCAAAUUUCCCACCUUUGGAUGGUUUGCUUUUCUAUCAUAAAAAGGCCCACUAUGUUGCUGGAGAGACUCCAUUAGUAGGUUGGCUUUUUCCUUUUAUGGUAAAGGAAGUUUUAGGAUCUAACGUAACAGUAAAUUCCAUACAUGAAUUACAAAAACCGAGUGAUUAUGUGACGCAAGCCGAUUUCAUACAAAAGUUUACAGCUAAGCACGCUAAGAGGCAAAACAGAAGCAGACGCAGUUCGAGUAACAUCAUGGAAACUGAAACUGUUGGUUGUAAGGACAGAGAUCAAGCAUCAGAUUCGGCGCAACAGCAAGAGAAAAUUACAAGUUAA